AUGGACUUUCUUCGUUCAAGAAUGAAUCAUCAAGGCGAUUUGCCCGGGGAGCACAGAAUAGAUCUGGAGCAAGGCCGCACAUCCGAAGUGCCACAGGGACGAGAGGCUGGCCACAAUAAUGGACAAGAGCAAGGGCAAACACGUUGGACUCGCCUCAGGCCUCGAUUAUCUUUCAUCAGCCCAGCUAGGUCUCAAGAAGGUGCCCGUAGCGUCACCAGAACAAACGUGGACCUUCGCGCCGACGGGAGCCGGAAAACAUCGAGGCUUCAUCUUGGUCUCCCCUCUAUCCCAUCUGCUCGCCUUGCAAUUCCCAACAUUGCGCGCACCCGAACGCACAAUGGAUCAAGACAACCGCGUGCUCGCGAAAGCACGCCCGAUGGCACCGAAGAUGGAUCGCGCGCCUCAUUCCAGAGACCACGCACGGAACGGCCUACAGCAGAUGUCGAGAUGCGGUCGACAAUUGAAGGGUCAGAGUCCAGCCAUAGGCAGGGAAGACGUUUAUUUAGGGGGCGGCAGCGCGCCGAAAUGCACCUCACAGAUGUCGCUGGAUCCAGAGCCCCUGGAAGGCGUGGCGAUGACCACGCGCGAUCGGAGCGGGGAGCAAAGCCCCAGAGAUUUUUAUUCUGCUUUCCAUGGAUUCAAAGUCGCCGUAUUCGGUCUCAGAUCUUGAGAUGUUUCGUGUCAGGCAUGUUCUUACUCCUGAUGCUAGCAAUAUAUCUUGCACUCAGCGUGACGAAGAACAUCAACAACAGCGAAUUCACCAUCUUGCUGAUUUUGAUCAUCCUCUUCGUAACCAUCUUUUUCUGCCACGGUCUGAUCCGGCUCUGUAUGCUGAUCGUAAAGCCAAGAUCUGAUGACGAUGAGAAUAGAGCCCGUCUGCCGGAGAUGUUCGGCCCCGGCGGUUACGCUGUGCCUAGACGACCAAUUCGUGUUCUCCUGGCUCGAGACGAAGAAGCAGCAGGCCUGGAAAGUGAGACAACAAAGCUGCAACCGCCUGCAUAUGGUCUCUGGAGAGAAAGUGUGCGCGUCGACCCAAAUCGUAUCUAUUGGCAGCGCAACGACGAGCCCCCUUCAAGUGCUGAUACAACCGCUCGUCCAGCAACAGCAAAUAGGCCACCAUCGUAUAUUUCAGACGACGGCAUAGAAUAUGUAGUCGAAGCCCGACCAAGAUCAAUGGCGCCUUUAUCAGAUAUGCUAGUGAGCAAUGUGUCACUUCCUCCUCAUCCCUCGGAAGCAGGGAGACUACAGCAUGCACCGGAUGUCUGA